AUUUCACCAAGUUUUAAGUUUAUAUGUCAAUAUCACACAAAAUAAAUAUUAAAUUACAUGAUUUUGAGACAUUAAUCAAACUUUGUUCAUAUAAACUUGAAAUUGUAUUAAAUGAGGGAUAGUUAAAAUACGUAAGGCAGCUAUUGGAUUCUGACACCGAGGCGAAAUACAUAAAUAUAGCUCAUCAAGAUGACGUCACUAUCCCAGCGAUUAACAUGGAGUCAAAUGUAGCAGAUUUAGUUUUCUGUUAAAAAAAUAAUUUCUGUGUCAAGUAUUUGCGAUCGACAGUAACGUAUUGAUAAAUGGCAAUAUUAUAUAGGUUGUAGUCAUCGCGUGAAAAGGUCCUGCAGGUGAAAAAUGUCUAUACAUCUACUAAAACGACAGAGAAUAACCACACUUUUUUCGAUACCUGGCUUGCAAAAAUAUCAAAAUUUUUCACAAAAUCCAGUGAGAAUUUUUUUAUUUUUCUCCGUUGUUAAUGCUCAAAGCGAUUUUCUGUGCAUUAAACAGAUCUUUUUAUCUAAGAUUUUAAUUCUUGUUUUCUCUGUUCCCACAAUUUCCCACUGUACAAGAAUUGUUAACAGUAAUUAUUAGUACUUUUUCUAUGUUGUGUAAACUGUCUGCUAUCCACCGCACUUAUGUUAAUAAUAAAAAUCACGAAUUCAUCUUAAAUUGCUAUACUUCGUAAUAAUUUUGUCUGAAAUCGUCUAGUUUUACUGAUCACAGCGAGAUUAUGGGCAAGUGUGUUAGAUACCAAUAUUGUAGUUUAUCUUAAUUUUGUUUUUAUAAUUUGUUAAAAGCAGAUCAGUUUCUUUUAUUGUCCGCUAUUUUGUGGCGGGAAAUCCGGAUCUGAAUUUACUUUCGGACCUCAUUACCAUAUAACUUAUGUAUUGCAUUGCAGACAAAGAAUAAUUGAUUAUCUGACAAGAAUAAAUCAAUAAAAGAAAAAAUAGUUGAAGAUUAUAAGCUUAAAAAAUUUCUCUCAACGAGAAGCCUAUUAGCAGCGAAAAAAAGGGAUAAAUUACAAGUCGCAAUAACAACCAAUGGUGAUUCAAAUGGUGAUGAUGAUGAAACUCUUGCUAGCCAUGAGCCUUAAAAUCUUUCGGAUCAAGAAGAGGAAGCAAAUAAAGAGAAUCAAGGCACUAUGACCGAAAAUUAAACUAAUGCGCAGAGUAAUAAAAGUAAACCAAACAUCCAAAAAAGGAAGCCAAAGAAAUAUAAAAUAGCGGAAAAAUUCGAGCUUAACAUAGGACACAAGAGAUAUGAAGAGCUGCACGAAGACGAUAUAUUUAGGAUUAGAUGUCUCAGUAGACAAAGAAAUAUGGAGAGAAAUGAAUAAGAGAAAACCUAAAAAUUCUACGAUCUUUUUGAGAGACUUAAUGGAACUUAUAUGGCCUGAAAACGAACUAAAAAAUAAAUGUCUUAAAUUACAUCUUACCUCGUUUCGAUACACUGGGGAUGAAAGAAUGGAGUCCGAGCCAGAUCGAAUGCAAUUACUCAAAGCUAAGGUGCCAAUUCACUUAUCUCGUCACUACACAGUAGUUGUUAGUAAAAAAGAAAAAUAAAAGACAAGGACACUGUCGAGCUUCUAAUGAACACAAUGAAGCCGUAUAUCAGUCAAAAACUACAAUACCUACGAAAAGGGCAUUUAGCUGGUAUGAAGAAAAACCAAGAAUAAAUAUUGCUUCCUAAUAAAAUCUUAAUUUACAGUAUGUAAAAUAAAACACGAGUUAAUUUAAAAAAAGUUUUUUAAUCCAGAAUAAAAUAGUAAAACUUCUACUUUUAUUGGCUAUCUUGCGUCGUGGUUAUUUGCGAAUCUCCGAGCCUUUCUUCCAGGCCCCAUCCUACUAGUCUUAUUCUUCAUCGGCAGCUAUAGUUUGCU